CCGGGCAAGGCGGGGCGCGCGCGGCGACCGGUGAGGGACCGUUGGGGCGGGCGGCGGCAGCGGCGGCGCGCGCUGCGGGUUGUGAGUGUGGAGGCGCGGACGCGCGGCGGAGCUCGAGCUGCUGCAGCUGCUGCCGCCGCCGGAGGAACCUCGCUCUCCGUGCUCCGGACACCCCGGGCCUCGCCAUGGCCGACCAGCUGACCGAGGAACAGAUCGCAGAAUUCAAGGAGGCCUUCUCCCUCUUUGACAAGGAUGGAGAUGGCACUAUUACCACCAAGGAGUUGGGGACAGUGAUGAGAUCCCUGGGACAGAACCCCACUGAAGCAGAGCUGCAGGACAUGAUCAACGAGGUGGACGCAGAUGGGAACGGGACCAUUGACUUCCCGGAGUUCCUGACCAUGAUGGCCAGAAAGAUGAAGGACACCGACAGUGAAGAGGAGAUCCGAGAGGCGUUCCGCGUCUUUGACAAGGAUGGGAAUGGCUACAUCAGUGCCGCAGAGCUGCGCCAUGUCAUGACGAACCUGGGGGAGAAGCUGACAGAUGAGGAAGUGGAUGAGAUGAUCAGAGAGGCUGACAUUGACGGCGAUGGCCAGGUCAAUUAUGAAGAGUUUGUACAGAUGAUGACCGCCAAGUGAAGGCCCGGGCAGCUGGCGAUGCCCGUUCUCCUGAUUUCUCCUUGCGCGCGUUCUUCAACACUCCCCCGCGUACCCCGGUUCUAGCAAACACCAAUUGAUUGACUGAGAAUCUGAUAAAGCAACAAAAGAUUUGUCCCACGCUG